AUGUCCAGUGGACCGAAAAUAGUUUUACAAUUUGUGGGCAAACAUCCAACAUUUGAACCAAAAAUUAGUUUUUAUGGUUUUAAAGCGGAAUACAAAUUCUUGACAAAUUACGGCAUUAUAACUGGACAGCAGAUGGGUAACAACUGCACAUUCAUUUUUAAUAGCACUGAUAAAAAAUCAGGUUGGCUUGGCUCUCCUAAUUUUCCUGGUUAUUAUCCACAAAAUAUGAAUUGUGAUUAUUUGUUUUAUGGUGAACCGGAGGAGAAAAUUAUUAUACGUUUUACUUAUUUUGAUGUUGAGGGAAUAGGAACGUGCGAAUACUUGACAGCAAGUGAUUAUGUGGAAUUUUCAAACUAUAUGAGCACUGAUCGAAAAUAUACAAAAUAUUGUGGAAAGCGUGAUAAAUUUGAAGUACGAUCUGAUGGGAGAUUUUUUCGCGUGACGUUUUUUUCAAAUGAUCGUUUUGAAAAAAGUGGAUUUCGUGCACUAUAUGAUUUUGAAAUCAAGCAUACACCAGUUGAAAAUACCUCUACGCAAAGCUUUGUUUCGACAAAUAAAUGUGUUGGAAUGGUGUCAACAAAUAGUCAUCUUCUUAUUAUAUACAUAAUACUGUGA